AAACCGAAAAUGAAGUUUGGGCGAUUUUGAAAAUGGUUCACGAGAGUCAAGCGAUAGCAAAUAGAAUUAAUUCUCCGCUGGAUCCAAAUUACAAGAACAAGUAUGAUUUCAAUGAGCCUCACUACAGAGUAAAUAUUUCUUACGCAUAUACCUCCGAAAUUGAUAUCAAAGAAUCAGAUGGAAAUAAGGUCGUCCUACAUCAAAUUAUGGGAUGGGACUUGGUUCCUCUGACUGAUCCAAAUGAUCAAGCAAAUAUUCGUUAUCCAGUUAAACGAAGAAAUUGCGAGAUAUUGAACCAUCGAGAUGCUCACCCUGUACUUGGAUACGGAACCAAUAAUGCAAUUGAAGCUUAUGUCCUUUCUCAGGCGUUACUUAAUAAUUCUUCGGGAAAUUAUAUAUCUUGUAUCCAAGCAUAUGAAAUGUUAAAACGCACAUCCGCUUAUGUUAAAAUCUAG